AUCAAAACGGGUGAUGUUGAAAAAGGCAAGAAGAUCUUUAUUCAGAAAUGUUCUCAGUGCCACACAGUUGAAAAAGAUGGAAAGCAUCAGAGAGGAUCAAAUCUUUGGGGUUUAUUUGGCUGCAGAACAGGACAAGCUGCAGGAUUUUCUUGCUCAGCUGCGAACAGGGACAAAGGAGUUGUCUGGAAUAGGAAUACAUUGAUGGAGUACUUGGAAAACCCUAAGAAAUACAUUCCUGGUACAAAAAUUAUUUUUGGUGGAAUGAAAAAGCAGAAUGAAAGAGCUGAUCUUCUUGUGUAUUUGAAAAAAGUAACUUCAAGAAACAUUGCCGCAGCAGCUAUGCCCAAGGUCCUCACCCGAGAGCUCGGGGUACGUGUCUGCCCGGCCUUCAGCAGCCUGUGCGAUUUCUUUGUGCCAAGUGGAGUGGUUGCGCCAGUGCUGCAAAACCGCAAAUGUCACUGGAAAGGCCAAGCAGCGGCUUCGGGCAAGCGGAUGCCCUUCGAGGGCGACGGUGGCGCCAGCACGGCGAGCGCCAGAGGCCGACGCCGGUUCGGCGGCAGCGCAGUCAGCUGU